AAAGUUGUCGGGUGAACUACAGGGGAAAAAACCUACACCCCUCCCUCUCUUACUCGAGGGGAGAGUGUGUGUGUGUGUGUGUGUGUGUGUGUGUGUCUGUGUGUGCGUGCGUGUGUGACAGAACAGAGACGAGUCUGAAGAAACCAGGAAAAGUUCGCCAAGCAGCUCCGCGGAUCUUGUGAUUGUUUCCUUCGCUCUUUCACAGUCUGGACGCAGAACGGAGACAGACGCCCGAGUGAGGAGAGAAUGAAGACCGGAUCCGCGAGCAGAUUGUGUGCGUUUUGGUGUUGUGUGUUUGCUGUCCUGCACUUAACAACAGCUGAGGAAGCAGAGAAGCCGGCGGCAGGACGACAGUCUCGUCAGGCAGAGGAGGAGGCGCUUGAAGGGGUGUGGGGUCCAUGGAGCGAGUGGGUGGAGUGUUCUCAGAGCUGUGGAGUGGGCGUGUCCGAGAGGCAGAGACAGUGUAUGCCGCCGCCCCAAACCCCGCCACUUAUGUGGAACAGACUGGGUGUCCCGAACAACACCCCUGUGAUCUCUGCGGUCAGACCCUACUACAACUCCUUGUAUCCUGUCAACGAGCCCCCUCCAUAUGGAGCAGGGGGCGCUGAGAGGCCUCCUUACUUUUCUCCGCCUCUCCCAGCCAAUCCCAAUCCUGGCUUACCGCUCUACCGAAACGAAGCCGGUGGUGCUGGGCCAGUGCAGUUCGGCCCACCCAAUCAGGAGACAGCUUCAGUCUACCGUUCACCUUCCUCAUCAGCUUCACUUCCGUACGGGAGAGUUCCCGCACGGUCACCCAAUCACGGCAGAGUUGUAGGCAGUGGGAGCAGGAGGUCGGUUUCCAACAACAGGGAUCCAGCGUCUAUAAGAAGGUCUAGUUCUUCUAUUCGUCCUGGACAGUUUGGGUACGGCAGGGUGCCAUUCUCUCUUCCCUUACACAGACAAAACCGUCAUGCGCGACACACACGCCGCCACAACACCACCAUCACAGACAGUCUCGAGGCUCUCAGUGUGAACUCCAGCACACAUGUGGACAAAACACAGGGAGAAGAGGGACUAAUUAUUACAGACACUGUUGAUAGAGAACGAAAAGAGAAGGAAAAGGAGACGGAGGCAGCAUAUGUGGAGAGUGAUGUGGCAGCCGAGAGAACAAGUGAUGGAGAGCCGCACAGACGUGUGGAGAGAGUACGGGAACACGAGCGAAUCUCACAUUCACAGCCCCUGACCCAGAGACACGUGGGCCGCUCUUCUCGCCAAGUCCCACACUCCUACAUGCACUCUAUCCACCGAUCGCACACUCCCAGAGAGCCUCCUCCUUACGGCCUCCAGACUCCCACAAACCCAAACCCUGAGCCCUGGGUCCUGCAGAACGCUGUCCAGCCCUCCAGAAAUGAAGCCGAGAGGGACCGGAGGCCUCCAGCGGCCGCCAACAACUACAGAUGCUCUGGACUGGACAGAGAGUACCGCAGGUGCAGCCUACAGGCAUGUCCAGGUGCUCCAGUAAGCUCCAGGGCUGAACAGUGUGCAGCGUUCAACAAUCAAGAGUUUAUGGGACGCGUGUAUGACUGGGAGCCUUUCACAGAAGUGGGUCUGGAGCAGCAGUGUGAGCUGACCUGUCGACCGGUCGGGUAUCGUUUCUACGUGCGGCAGGCGGAGAGGGUACGAGAUGGAACGCCCUGCGCAAAUAACACACCCAACGAUGUGUGUGUGGGAGGACGCUGUCUGAGCGAGGGCUGUGAUGGUGUGUUGGGCUCAGGGUUGGUUCGGGAUCGCUGUGGCGUGUGCGGUGGGGGAGACAGCACCUGCGAGAGGGUCACUGGAAGUUUCCUAAACACGAGUGUCCCGCUGGGCUACCACAGAAUCCUGGACAUCCCGCCUGGAGCCACGGCCAUCAACAUCACUGAGAGACGAGCCAGUCCCAACUAUUUGGCCCUGCGCAGUGGAACAGGUCAGUCUGUGGUAAACGGACGCUGGGCGGUCGAUCCGCCAGGAGAGUAUCAGGCAGGAGGAACCACCUUCAUGUACAGCCGACCCAAAGCUGGGCCUCAAGAGCAGGGAGAAGAGAAAGGAGAAACCCUCAGCGCUCCUGGACCCACAACAGCCCAGCUGCAGCUAUACCUCAGGUGGCGUGUCAGUGGCAGUCGAGAAUCCUGUUGCUCCUCCGCCUUUGUCAUCUUCUGCCUUCUCAUCUUCCUCAUCAUCUUCCUCUGUAUCUGA